UCCACCUUGUCUCGUCUGAGCUGGUCUGAUCUGAAAGUGGCCAGGCAUGCUUGUCUUCGUCGGGCACCUAUCAUGAGGUAUUAGUAACCGUGAGCACAAGCAGCCGGUCGCGUGUAUAAUUUCGAGCUCUACAGUUUACAUAUUUUAUUCCCAUAGAUGAAAACUAGUUUUUCUCUAUUUUUCUUUUCUUUUUAAUGAGUGAGUGAUAAUAGAUAAAAGUGGCCCAUCCUUAAAACUGGUGUCUCUUUACUGAAGGCUGUUUCGGGACUGCUUUAUUUUGAAGGGUCCUAUUUCGAAUCGAUUUUCGAAACGAGAAUUUCGUAUCAGUCAGACCGGUUGUCUGACAAUAUUUGAAAUUUUUUAAACUGGAUUGCCAAAGAUGAAGAUCGCUACGACGUUGUUUCUCUUCGUCGUCGUUGGCUGCACGUGGCGGGAGACAAUUAGCACAUGUGUGUUGGAUUCGGACUUUGGGUUCAGUAUUAACUGCGCCUUCAAAAAAUCAGGCCUCUUUCGGGUUCGAAAUCUCGGAGGUGUUAAAGGCUACGUCGGACUCGGUUUUUCAGUGGGAGAUGAACUUGGAUUUAGAGAUUCGUUAACCAAUUUAGAAUCGCUCGACAAGAGGCGAAGUGUUCAAGCUAGAGGAGGAAACUUUAUCGCCAUUAAUCCUAAUAGUAAUGUGGCAACAAAUCGAGAUGGAACUCGUGUAGUACCACCCUUCAAACCUUUACCACCUGGUGGAGUUCGACCAAUGGCCCCACAACCCGAACGCCAAAGACUAGUUGUACAACAAAAUUCUACAGCAUUAAAAACAAUUCCGGCACCAUCACUUGCAAUAAUGCAAGAGGAAGCUUUAAUGCAACAGCAAAAAAUGCAGCAAGAGGCUAAAGCCAGGCAGCAACAAAGAAUUCAGCAAGAACUAUUAGCGAUGCAGGUGUUAAAACAACAAAGACAUCAACAACAGUUGCAGAAAAUGGCGCAACAACAGAAAAUUCAGCAGCAGCAAAUGCAGCAACAACAAAUGCAGCAGCAGCAGCAAAUGCAGCAACAACAAAUUCAGCAGCAGCAAAUGCAGCAACAGCGAAUUCAGGAGCAGCAAAUGCAUCAACAACAGCAGCAAAAUAUUCAAGAACAAAUCAUAGCAAUGCAGACUAAGAGGAUGCAGAUGGCGCCUCAAGGAACAGGAGUUUCGAAUUCAGCUGGAAGAUUACCAACAAUCGUUGCUGCAAUACCACCUGCAGGAAGUAUCGUUAAUGCUGAUCGAUUGCCAAAGCCUGUUGCUGGUAUCGUAAUACCAAGCAGUGCAUUGCCUCCUUUUAUUGCUAUGCCCCCAUCUUCUUCCCAAUUAACUGACAGAAUCAGCCAUAGUCCUACCUUAUUGGAAGAUUCGGUCAAUGAAGUUUCCAAAGAUGAAUACAAACAAUUACCAAUUCCUGGAGAUGAUAUCCCCUCAUCAGUGAACCAAAUGACUCACUUAGGACUACAACAAAUGGCUCCUGAACAAUCGAUUUCUGAUCAACAGACAGGAAAGAGACAAUCUAUGCCAUCUUCCAUGCAAGAAUCUUAUCCAUCUCUUGAACCCAUUCAGAGUAUGGGCACGUCUUUAAAAGCUUUAGCUGAAGCUAGUAAUAUUACUUUGGAGGCUCUGGAAGCUGCAAUUUUGUUGCGACAACAACAAUUGUUGCAGAAACAGCAAGGACCGACAACAACAAGUACUAGCACUACUACACCAGCUCCAGCUAAAAAUAAUAACAACUCUGGAACAACCAAAGUAAUGAAUGCACCUCGAGAAUAUUAUCCAGUUGGUUAUGACAAGAAUUUCGAUGACAAUUUCGCAAGCAGAGUGGAUUUGCCUGAUACCAGUUUUUACUGUGGAGAUCAAAAACACUUUCCUGGAUUGUAUGGUGACGAGGACCUCGGAUGCAUGGUUUUCCACGUUUGUGCAUUGACGGACGAUGGUCUAAUAAUGAAGAGUUUUCUAUGCCCAGAAUCGACUCUCUUCGACCAGACAAUUUUAAAAUGCAACUGGUGGUUCUACGUGGAUUGCAAGUCAUCCAGAGGUCUUUACGACAGCAACAUUCCUAUCAGCAAGAGCUACCAGCUCAUGAAAGCCUUAGCGUUUUUCUCAGCCUACAAAAAUCACGAUAACAGUACUCUGCAAGCAACUGAGACCGAGGAAGCGAGAGACGUUUAGUAAAUUGAGGAUACUUUUAAAAAAGUAGACUAAUUGUUCACUUUCGUCAGAAUGACAUGUUUGCCAAAAAGUGACCAGCUCAGAAAACCUUAAUUUCAAAGCUCUUAUAAAUUUGGAAACGCUCAGAGAGGUCGUUUGCCAUGAUUUCAUUGCUCAAGAUAUCCACACUUUAUACAAUUUUACCUGAUCAGUAUUUGAUCAGUGAAAGUCAACAAUAAUAGUUAUCUGCAAACAGAAUCUGUAACUCGAUUGUUUAAUUUAAUUGUAAAUGGAAAGACUCGUUACAAAAGUAUCGUUUGGUCUUUUCAAUAGUAUAAAAACAUGUGUAUAGCUGUAUAGUAUCAUGCUGGUUCUUAUCCUUACAAAUAGAUAGAAAAACAUUCAGAUAUUUUAUCUGAAAUUUAUGUAGAUGAAAUGUUUUCAAAUGAGAAAUCUAGAACAUUACUGCUUUCCUAAAUUUAAAUUUCCUAAAAUGUUUUUUUUUUUAGAAUUUAAUGGCUUUAUGGGAUUUAAUAUGUCAAUUAUAAAUUAGAUAGUAUAAUUUAUGACAAAUUCGAUCAGCGUAAGAUGAUUUUAAAUGGCAAUAAAUCAAAAAGGAGCAGUCUUUUCUAUUAUGAAAGUAGAGACAUGCGAUUCUGCCCUUGCCUACUUAUUCUUAAGGAAUGUACAUAUGUUUAAUUUAUUUACGAUAUAUUUUUUAAAUAAAAUAAAUUUUGUGUCUUA